CUCGUUCAGCGUGAUCGCGUCUCUCCCUCGCAGUCACAGAGCAGCGGCGACUCCGCUCAGACGCACUUUGAACAGGAUGUAGCGACCGCGGAGACACAACUACGAGAAGAAGAAGAAGAAGAAGAAGAAGAAGACGACGAAAACAAAGCGGCGUUGAACUCUGCCAUGUGACGGACACCGGCGAGCCAGAGAUGACCGCUGCAGCGGAGGCGGAGAAGAAGACGGCAGGAGUCCCGACGAGGCAGCAGCUCACCGCUGGCUGCUCUUGACGGCUGCUCCCGCCGACCUGAGACCACUCAGCACGCGCACACACACACACACGCGCACACACACACACCCUAACACAGAAAACACCAACACAAGCCGAAACACUUCAACAUCCCGUCGGCCGGACCUCGGGAGCGACGAUGGCGAGCCAGGCGGACUGCUGCGUGAAGGUUGCGCUGAGGAUUCGUCCUCAGAUGGCCAAAGAGAAGAUUGAGGGCUGCCAUGUGUGCACAAUGGUCACACCCGGAGAACCACAGGUCCUGCUGGGAAAGGACAAGGCCUUCACCUACGACUAUGUGUUUGAUUUCGACUCAGAGCAGCAGCACAUUUACCAGGCCUGUGUGUAUAAGCUCAUCGAUGGCUGCUUCGAGGGCUACAACGCCACCGUGUUCGCCUAUGGUCAGACGGGUUCGGGGAAGACAUUCACCAUGGGGACGGGCUUCGACGUGAGUCUGAGCCAGCAGGAUCAGGGUAUCGUCCCGCGGGCUGUUCACCAGCUUUUUGAGGGAAUCCAGACCAGGAGGGAGCGCGCCCAGGAAGCUGGCACCCACCCACCCGAGUUUAAAGUCAGCGCCCAGUUCCUAGAGUUGUACAAUGAAGAGAUAUUGGACUUAUUUGAUGGAGCCAGAGAUCCAGAAAGUCGACUCAGGAAGUCCAACAUUAAGAUCCACGAGGACGCAAGUGGCAGCAUCUACACCAGUGGAGUCACAUCCAGACUGGUACACUCAGAGGAAGAGCUGCUGCAGUGUCUGAAGCUCGGCGCUCUGUCCCGCACAACAGCCAGCACCCAGAUGAAUGCCACAAGCUCUCGCUCGCACGCCAUCUUCACCAUCCACCUCUGUCAGAUGAGAGUCUGCCAGCAGCCGCAAAUGAACGGAGGAGGGGAGAACGGGGAGGUGAAUGGUGUGGACUCCGGCCCCAUUGCCCAGCCGGAGUAUGAGACGCUGAUGGCCAAGUUUCACUUUGUGGACCUGGCCGGCUCUGAGAGACUCAAACGCACAGGAGCCACUGGAGAGAGAGCCCGCGAGGGAAUCUCCAUUAAUUGUGGACUGCUGGCCCUGGGAAAUGUCAUCAGUGCUUUAGGAGAUCAAUCCAAGAAGGGAGGGCACAUCCCCUACAGGGACUCCAAACUCACCCGUCUGCUGCAGGAUUCAUUGGGAGGCAACAGUCUCACAGUGAUGAUAGCCUGCAUCAGUCCGUCAGACCGGGACUUCAUGGAAACGCUGAACUCACUGAAGUAUGCCAACCGUGCCCGAAACAUCAAGAACAAGGUGGUGGUGAACCAAGACAAGACCAGCCAGCAGAUCAAUGCCCUGCGCGCUGAGAUAGCCCGACUUCAGCUGGAGCUGAUGGAGUACAAAGCGGGGAAGCGUGUGGCGUGCGAGGAUGGCUCAGAGGGGUUCAGUGACCUGUAUCAGGAGAACGCCAUGCUACAGAGAGAAAAUGACACACUGCGCCUCAGGGUAAAAGCCAUGCAGGAGACCAUAGACCACCUCAAUACCCGUGUGACACACCUGCUGGCCAAUGAGGUCAGCACUCUGCUGGCCAAGUCAAGUGAGGGCAAUGAGGAGAUCGGGGCUUUAAUCCAGAACUACAUCCGAGAGGUUGAAGAAGUUAGAACCAAGCUUCUUGAGAGCGAGGCCAUGAACGAGUCAUUGCGACGGCAGGCGGCCCGGCUUUCCACCCGCUCACCGUUCCCUUCCUCCACUCUCAGCCCCGCCCCAGGCCACCCCCCUGGUUCCUCCCCAGCCCCCAUGUCCAUGGAGGCCGAGAUGACGGACGUGUUACGCCGAGCCAAGCUGGACAUGGAGAGGCUGAAGAAAAAGGAGAGGAGGCAGAGGAGGAUGAGGUGCGGAUUAUGCCUGCAAGAUGUCAACAUAAUUAUUCCGGAGUUGGAGAAAGGUCUGAAGAAACGAGUGAAGCUGCACACUCACGAGAACGGGGUGAACGGACAGAACGGACAGAAUGGAGAGAUUGAUUCAGAUGAAAAUUACAUUGAGGACAUCAUGUCUCCGCUGCAGGAGGAGAGUGGCUGUGAUGAAGAUGAGGGGGAGGAUGAGGAGGAGGGUAGGGAGGAGGAGGAGGGCUUUGACAGCGAUGAGAGCCUGGUGGAUUCAGACUCAGACUCGGAUGAGAAAGCUAACUUCCAGGCGGACCUGGCUGACCUGACCUGUGAGAUUGAGAUCAAACAGAAGCUGAUAGACGAGUUGGAGAACAGCCAGCGGAGGCUGAUGAUGCUCAAGCUGCAGUAUGAGGAAAAACUCAUCCUGCUGCAGAACAAGAUCAGAGACACUCAGCUGGAGAGAGACCGUGUGCUGCAGAACCUCAUGUCCAUGGAGAACUUCACAGAGGAGAAGGCGAACAGGAUCAAGCAGGAGUACGAGAAACGACUGAAGGAGAUGAACCGCGACCUGCUGAAGCUACAAGCGGCACAGAAGGAGCACGCGCGUCUUCUCAAAAACCAGGGGAGGUAUGAACGGGAGCUGAAGAAACUCCAGGCCGAGGUCAACGAGAUGAAGAAAGCCAAGGUGACGCUGAUGAAGCAGAUGAAGGAGGAUCAGCAGAGGAGGAGGAUGGUGGAUGCGAAGAGGAACCGUGAGAUUGCCCAACUCAAGAAGGAGCAGCGACGCCAGGAGUACCAGAUUCGAGCGCUGGAGUCUCAGAAGCGGCAGCAGGAGCUGGUGCUACGCAGGAAGACCCAGGAGGUGACGGCCCUGCGGCGCCUGGCCAAACCUAUGUCAGAGCGUGUGGCUGGACGCGUGGCCCGCUGGAACAAGGCCUCUCUGGGAACGGACUCUGGAGCUGAGUUAUCAGCCAGCACUACAGCGAGCAGCUCUGAGCCUGACACUGGGAGGACUGUGAGCGGGCUGGUGAGACAGUGGAACAACAAGAACAAUGCAUUCGGAUACCUAGGAGAGAGCGAGGGAAGCAUUGAUGGAACCAGGGUCAUCGGCAGGAAGAAGAUGCAGCGGAAACCCGCAGGCCCGGGCAGCGUUGGAACAACAGCCAGAGCCAGCUUCUCCAAGUCAGCCCGUCAGAAAUGGCAAGCCCUCGAGCGUCGCAUUACGGACAUUGUCAUGCAGAGGAUGACCAUCGCUAACAUGGAAGCUGAUAUGGAUCGUUUAAUUAAGAAGCGAGAGGAGCUGACCGUCCAACAGGAAGCACUCUCACACAAAAGGCAGGUACUGAUGGCAGAUGGGGAGGGGCCAGAAGCAGAGGACCGCCUCCUUCAGGAAAUUAAUGAGGACAUUGAGGUGCUCAACGCCAACAUAGACUACAUCAAUGACAGCCUGUCCGACUGCCAGGCCACCAUUGUACAGAUAGAGGAGACCAAGGAUGAGCUGGACUCGGUGGACACUUCUGUGGUGAUCAGCUCCUGCUCCUUGGCUGAAGCACGCCACCUGCUGGAACAUUUCUUGAAGGCCUCAAUAGACAAGAGUCUGCUGGUGGCUCAAAAGGAGGCCCAGAUCAGACUGCUGGAAGGACAGCUGAGACAGACAGAUGUGAUUGGCUCGUCCCACAAUCACAUGAUCCUUGAUGCCCUGCGAGAAAAGGCAGAGUACAUCCCUGAGCUCCAGGCUCUCAUCCACAAUGUACAGCAGGAAAAUGGUUAUGCCAGCACAGACGAGGAGCCUUCUGAGUUCAGCCAAGCCUCUGACAGCAGUGUAUCUCAAAUGAAAGAAUCCAACAGCCAAGAUGAUUUCAAGACAAAGGUUCAUCAGAUGGAGCCUCGUCUGUCGGCUCAGAUGAAGGCGGUGUCCGCAGAGUAUCUGGGCCCCAUCCUGGAUCCCUCAUCGGGCAGCAAGCAGCAGCACAUCACCAAAUCUCUGGCGUCCCUGACCGACAUCCAGGAGGAUGGGCUGAGUCUGGUGACGGGGAGUCUGGCGCUCAGCCUGUCCGUACGAGACCCCUUCCACAGGGACAGGGCAUCCCGCACCAUCAGCCUGCCCAUCAGGGGACACACCUUUCCCAGGCAGUCUCGGGGUUAUGAAACUUCCCCUAUAACAAGGAGGAAAUCUUACGACCGUGCAUACAGGCCUACUGAUGGCUAUACUCCUCCCUCCUCCCCUCCUCUGAGGACUAGGAACGACCGCAACGUCUUCUCACGGCUCACCAGCACCCAAACCCAAGGUUCUGCUCUGGACAAGUCGGAUGACAGCGACUCCUCGCUCUCCGAGGUGCUCAGGGGUGUGAUCAAUCCCAUUGGCGGCGUGAAGGGAGGCCGCACGGCGCCUCUGCAGUGUGUUUCUGUAGCCGAGGGCCAUUCGAAGCCGGUACUGUGUGUGGAUGCUACAGAUGAGCUGCUAUUCACUGGAUCUAAAGAUCGCACGUGUAAGAUGUGGAACCUGGUGACGGGUCAGGAGAUCGCCACCCUCAAAGGCCACCCCAACAACGUGGUGUCCGUCAAAUACUGUCCUUCCUCCUGUCUGCUCUUCUCUGUGUCCACCUCCUACGUCAAAGUGUGGGACAUUCGUGACUCUGCCAAGUGUGUCCGCACGCUCACUUCAUCGGGUCAGGUGGUUUCAGGUGAUGCGUGUGCUGGUACAACCACACGCACAAUAACAUUUGCACAGGGAGAGUGCCAGAUCAACCAGAUAGCCCUCAACCCGUCCGGAUCUGUGCUUUACGCUGCUGCAGGGAACACUGUUCGCAUGUGGGACCUCAACAGGAUGCAAGCAUUGGGAAAGCUGACAGGCCACAUUGGUUCUGUCAUGUGUCUGACUGUGGGACAGUCUCUGCUGGGAAAAGACCAAGUGAUCACUGGCUCCAAAGACCAUUACGUCAAGGUGUUUGACGUUGCAGAGGGAACUCUGGGUAAUGUAGGCCCAGCUCACAACUUUGAGCCUCCGCAUUAUGACGGUAUCGAGUGUUUGGCUGUACAGGGAGAUUUGCUGUUCAGCAGCUCACGAGACAACGGCAUCAAGAAAUGGGAUCUGGAGCAGCAGGAGCUCACUCAGCAAAUCCCUAACGCCCACAAGGACUGGGUGUGCGCUCUGGCGUAUGUGCCAGGCCGGCCCAUGCUGCUGAGCGCCUGCCGGGGCGGCAUGCUGAAGGUGUGGAACGUAGACAACUUCACCCCCAUAGGAGAGGUCAGGGGUCACGACAGCCCCAUUAACGCCAUAUGUACCAACUCAAGACAGAUCUUCACUGCAUCCAGUGACUGCAGGGUGAAGUUGUGGAGCUAUGUGCCUGGUUUGACCCCGUGUCUCCCUCGACGGGUGCUGGCCAUCAAGGGCCGGGCCACCAGCCUCCCGUGAUUGCUUCUUCUCCGCUCACCAACCCUCCCCUCCUCUGCGACAAGACAGUGAAGAUCUGGCUGUCAAAGGUGUGGAGGAAGAGGUGACAACCGAAAGACAACUGAAAUGACCAUUUUCUUUGUCAGGCAUCGUGCUGCAACUUCACCCGCUAUCUGUGACCUGUUCACUUCUAGUAAUGGGAUGCGACACUGAAAUCACAGUUUCCAAGGCAAUCAAGGUGUUUCUUUUCCUUUGUCACACAACAAAAUGAUGGCGCCGCGGUGGAAUUUAUUUUCAAAGGCAAAGGACUAUUUGCCUCACAGAUUUUUCUUUUUUAUUGCCAAUUUGAAAGUGCCAUUCAAGUGUGAUGCUAUUUGGAAAAGAUAAACCACAUCUUCCUCGCCAUGGAUACAUCAGUCAGAACAAUAGUUCUCCCUACAUCAAAUCUGGUAUGAAAAGGAAGAGAAAAAGGUUUCAGAAGCCUUAUGGAACAGUGGAGAUGAACGUGUGUAUUCAUGUAUCUAUCGUCUGACAGCCGAGACACAGUCCGUGUUUGAAUCUCGCAGCGACGCUACCUAACAAAUGGAUCUUCUGUUCCUGCAUUCAAGACUAUUUGUUCUCCUUCGUGCUGUGGUUGUUCUGACUCUGAACACACUGGACGGUCAGACCAUGUGUUCUUUGCAGAGGGACGAUCUGUAGACUGUCGCUGAUCUUGAUUUAAACCUGCUGGAGAAUUGCACAGAACACGUAGAUUUAUACAGUACAUCACUGAAACUUUUAACUGCAUUCAUCAAGUCGUGUUUAGUUUUAUGUUUUUUAAUUAAUUUAUUAUUUUCCCUACCUCAGUUGUUUUGGACUUUGGUGGGGGGGAACAUUUUUACGGGUCUCUGUGCACAAAAACCUGGUGCUUGACAUCUUGAAGUCUUCAUAAAAUGCCUGGCUCCUCGUCUCUGGGUGGAUGUGUCCUCCGUGGCCCUCCGGCUAUCAGACUGUCUAGCUGCUGACCUUGCAAACAGCGAAGCACACGUCCAGUAGCACAACUAAAGGUAGCACCGGCCCCCAGAGGAUCUGACCGGAUUGUGCAGUCUGCUCUCGAAGUGCUUACUGGCAAAAAAGUAGGAUACGCCGUGCACAUGGCACAAACAGUACAUGCCUUCAGUACACACACCUCACACAUUUGUGAAUUAGAUCCUCUAUUGUGGCCCGGAUCAUUAUCUCAACCAUCACACAGUACCUGCCAUUUAUCCUCCUCAUAUAAUUUCCCCCUCCCUCCUCUCUGAUCUGUAAGGUUAGGGACAGUGACAGACUGACCAGCCUCGACUUCCUUCCCAGCUACUGAACUUCUCUGGGAAGCCAAUUUAAGUAGAGUUCUUGCAGCUCUACCGGCUGCUUUACCGCAAAGAUUACUUGGGGGAAAGUAGGUCAUAACUGAGAGGGGUUUCUAUUUAAAAUCCCAGUUUUCCUCCACCCACUAUGUGCUGCUACAUUGAAAGACGGGAAGAAACUUCCUGUACAAAUCUGUUAAUGUGACACAUUUUGUGUGUGUGUGGGGGCAAAGCGCACAUAUGCACAAACUGCAGACACACACAAACACAGGAUUUCAGGGGAGGUUUCGGUUACCCAAUCUUGCCUUAUGGGCGUUGGCGCAGCUCACUGUGUUGAUUUAGUGUCUUUUCAGUGAAACUAGUUCAGCACUGCAGCAGUCCUUUGACGCUCACACAUGCACGUGCAUACGUACAAUUCACUCACCUACGGGCAACAGUAAUAACCGAGGUCUAAAAAGUCUUUUCAGUUGUCUUGUUUUUUUCUGAUGCCUUUGGAUAACAAGCAUUCAGGAUACUCUCUGUUUAUGAACUUUUUCUGUAUUACUCCAUAAUGCAUUUAAAAGCCUCUCGUCAUGCAGGUGUCUCAACACUGUAAAAACCCACAUCUUGUCCGUUUGCAUCACACUAUCACUCAGUUCAGUUUUGACAUCUCAGUCCCUCCGUAGAGAAACAAACACUUCCGUGCCCUUAUCCUUAAAAAAAAAGACCCAGAAACAUAUGUAGUGUUAUUAAACACAGCUUGGAGUGGGAGUUAGUGAAUGCCUUUAACACAUCUACAAAUUAUCCUACAAUAAUUGAGUAUGCACUGCUGAUGUUUGAUGUAUCCAAUGUGAAUUUUGAGCUGCUACCACUCUCCAAAAGCAAUGAUUUGGUUUUGUGCCGGGGGGUUUAUGAAUGCAAACGUGUGUGUGUGGGUGGUGAUUUGUUGACGCGUUCUCCCUUUUAAUGUGUUCCUAUACUUAGAAUCUCAGGUAAAGGUCGAAGGAUAAUUAUAGUCAGACUUAAGUCAUUACUUGACCCUGUGCAUUGAGGUAGCUCUUUGAAUUGACCAAAUGUUUGAGACAUUUUUUUUUCUUUUGAGAAAAAAAGGUACAAUCAGUGUAUCACCCCUUUUUGUGAUAAUACUCACUUUAAUGAUUUAUCUUUUGCGUUUGACUCCCUUUACUUAUUUCAUAUGUAUUGUGUUUUUUGUACAAAAUGUAAACAUCUUCCCAAUCUGGCCAAAGCUGAAUGUCUUGCAACUCCGGGAGAUGUGCACAGUUUUUUUAAAAUUUAUUAUUACCAUAAUUACUUGUUAAAAAUGUAUUAUUUGUGAAGUGGCUUUCCUGGAGUGAGCGGUACAAAACGUGGUCAGUAGGGAAAUAAGCCUGCGUGAUAAUGGGUUGUAUACGUUCCCCUAAAGUCAGACUCUACAGGCCCCUUCACUGUAGAUCAUGUAAUUAUCUGUGCCAAUAAGCCGAACUGACCCCGGUCACCCGCCCGGUGGUGCUUCAUGUGAUAACAAAGCUAAAAGAGCCUUAAUCUCUCUUUACUUCCCUCAUCCACACUCCUAUUUUUUGCUGGAGAGGAUGUUGUAGUACUGUAGCUUUAGACACUCAUGUUCCCUGUGCUUGUACAUUUGCUGUAGGACGCAUGAUGGUAGAGGCUCUCGUUGGUUCAUUCGACAUCUCAAAAACGUUGCAACACCUUGCUCCUUAUAUCACCAGACAUAAUAUUAAACACCUGAGCGGAUUCACUUUCAAAAUUUUGGAAGGAUCUGGCCAUGAGUUGGUAUUCCCAGUGAUCGAUAGUCAGUGUAUUAUGCAUAAAAUGUAGUGUUUCAAAAAAAAGAUGCUUCACUGGAAGACUAAUUGUAGCCAAACAGAAUUGCCUUUUUAAUUACCUCCACCCAGCGAUGCCCCGAGCUGCGUUGCUUGGACUUCAGGCAAUGUCAGCACCACUUCAUGACUUGAGUUAGUGUAAAUAGGUGCGUCAUGUCAUUUUUUCUUUUACAGAGCAGAUGCAGGUGAGGUUAACUGCCUCAGUGUAAACGCUGUAAGUUAGGAUUUACUUGCACUUUGGAUAAUGAACAUUGCUGUGAAUACUCUACAAGCUUUUUUUCCAGUUAUGUAUUGAGCCUAGUUUUUGACUUGGUUUACAAGGACUGUAAUUGUCUCAAACAAGGCUCAAACCACUGACAUUGUACUGAAAAGAACACACCUGUUUAGAUCUACAGUAGGUUUAGAAACCAGUGAUAUUAAUGUUUGUGCUGAUACAACAUGUAAGUCAAGAUGUACACAGUCCUCGCUAUGUCCAUGCCUUUAAAGUCCCUUUUUUAUACAAGAUACUUCAAGAGAAUGAGGAUUUUUCCGUUUGACCGAGCAGCAUGCAAACCUCUGUGGAUGCUCAGAAGAGUCCAACUGGUUUGUUCCCUGGCUGUCUGCUGGGGUUCACACAUGAUUCUUGAUCUUAUUGAUAACAAACAAGAGACUGCACCAAAAAAAACAAACGUCAAAUUCAGUGUAUAAUGGCUUUAAUUAGUCUGCCUGCUCGUCAAUAUUGAACCACAGAACAGACCGGGGAGUCCAGCUGCCAGUCAAACUGAGUGUGUGAUUACCACCUUUACCACUCCCCAACCAGCCCAGCCCGACCAUCUAAUGACUACUGGGAGAUGGAAGCUUUAGUAGUCAGUGUCUCAGCUUCAGCCUCGUGCCUCAGCCAACAGGCUUUACUGCCUUAAAGAAACAGAAUGUGUACGUAGGACAUUGAUAAUCAUUCACUUAAUAUCCUGAAUCUCUAGCGGACUCAUUCAGACGAUUGUAGAUUGUCCUGCAGAUUGUGGAAUUCUGUUCUGAGUCAGACGAUGCCUCUGCUCUCUUUUUUCAUUAUGGCUGAAAAGACUUUCAACUUAGCCUCGGGCUGCUGAGUGGAUGGAAUCACAUGCAGACACAAUCAAGGGUGCUGCUGAUCAAGAGGGCACUAAACUGCUCUGCGGCUUGUCAGAAGAAUCGCUAUCACACAGCAACACACGUCUUCUCUGCAGCUGCUCGUGUAGUUUGUGUGUGUGUGUGUGUGUGUGUGUGUGUGUGUGUGUGUUGUCAUGUUGAGCUCACGUGGUAGUAAUACCAUACAUGACACUGUCUGUGAAAUAUGUACUCAUGGGUCAUAAAUGCAGGGGCCAAAGGUCAUGUGUGCCUUUUAUUGCACAGACUGCUCCCUCUUCUGAGUGUAAAUGUCUGUACAGUUUUUCUGAUGUAAAUGUCAAUGUGCAUGCAACCAAGCCAUGUAAAAUAUGUUUAACUGUAAAUAUUGUACAUAAAUAUUUAAUGAGGGACACAUUCCUUCAAGAAAAUAAAUACCCCAAGUUGAAAACAA